CAUGAUAGGCAAAUUUAGACAUAAUGGCUAUCUGCCACUACCAAUUACACAAAAUAGCGUGAAAAACAACGCCAGUAAAUUACUUGCAAUACCUAUUCUACUUCUACUUCUGGUUGUCUACAACUAUCGCGGAGAAACGGAAGUCAGAGAGGUAUACAAGCUAUUUGUCGUAGCAGAGGAUGAAAGCCACGAAAUUUUCCCGAAUUCAGAUCCUCCAAAUUCUGCAUCGAGGAAUGUACGACCUAUCAAAUUCCAUGAGGCUAUGUCGGAUAAAUGCCUAGACGAUUGGAUUAGUAUGGCGAUAUGGUCAGAAAACUGUAAUGAUGUAGAUGUCGCGAAAUUCAGUACUAUCGAUCCGGUUUUUCCUUGGGUUAAUGGAAGUGAUCCAGUACAAAUUUCUGCAUUACAACAGUUCUCUGACGAGAAGGUGGACAGUCAGCAUCGAUACCAAGAGCAUGACGAAUUGAGGUAUGCCCUCCGUUCCAUUGAGCGCUCAGUGGGUGAGAACGUUGGGCGAUAUCACAUUUUAGCAUCCUCAUAUGAUUCGCCGGAAGGUGAGCAGCAGAUCGCUCAGCAUCCUUCCUGGCUAGACCACCAUGAUAAAGUUGAAAUGCACCACCACUACAAGUUUUUCCAGCGGAUGCCGACAAUUGAAGAAACUAAGAAGCUUUCACCCUCAGAAUUGAACACUCUUAACGAGAAAUGGCGCGCUGAAUCACUUCCAACUUUCAAUUCCUUCGCUAUAGAAGGUCAGAUGCACAAUAUAGAAGCACAAUCAGAUACGAUUGUCUACCACAAUGAUGACUUCUUCACAUUAAGGAAAAACGCAGUCAGUGAUUACUAUUCACCAAUUCAUGGACCUGUCUUGCGUAGUUUGAGUUAUAGCAUGUAUGUACCACAAGAGAAACCACUAGGAUCACGCAAUGGCGAGGGUGUAGCUAUUGCGCGUUCGUCCUGGAUUUUAGGAAAGAGAUUUGGUAUGAGAUGGAGACCAUACAUUGCCCACCACGCUCGCAGUCUGUCACUUCCUAUUCUCAAUGAGGCUGCCAUUAUGUUUGACAACUCUUUCAAUAAUGUCACUCUGGCGAGAUUUAGAAACACGAAGGAUGCACCAUGGGCUAUACAAUCCUUCUUUUUUGCCUCAUGGUUUAUUACCGAACGUCACCGGGAGGCCCUCUUGUGGUCCUGGAUCAUAGCCAAAUGGGGCAAGUCUGGUGAAUCUAUAAACACUGACAUGAUGUGGAAGGAGCUCACCGGUGGUGAAGCUAUUCAACAUGUGGUUCACGUCCCAUAUAGAAAUACACUAAAGGAUGAUGAACUUGAGAAGACACUUGAGGAUGCUCAUAUACCCAAACCACUCAACACAGAGUAUGCAUUCUCCAGUAUGGAUGGAUUCGGACCUGGAUACCUACGUCAGAUUUGGCAUAGAUUGCUGAGUCGACACGGAUGGCCUGAUUUGAGAGAUGGAAAGAAACUAAAAGCCUGUACUAUAGUCAAAGACAAGUGUUUCAAGAGAGGUAGUAGUCCAAAUGAAUUAUUUAAACACAUUGCCUUUGAGGAAUAUGGUGAUUGUGGUGACUGUAUUAUAACGCAAUUGAUUGCGCAAGCAGGCGGAAAAGGAUUGGAAGUCUUCUUACCACCUAAAGACGACCUCAUGGGUUUCACUAAUGUACCACAUUUACCUCUCGACGAUGAUUGGAGAGGUAUCGACUUUAGUCUUAAUAAUGUCCUGCAUACUGAAGUUUCACCACGGUCAUUCGCAACCCGCCUCAUCAUGCGUUACAAUCACGUAUUCGGUGAGACGCCUUCGCAAUUCACGAAAGUGUACAAUCCUUCACAGCUCAAACAGCAGCUGCAUUUAGCGGACACUCGUGAAGAAACCACAUUCAUUUGUCUCAAUGACGACGUCAAAAAAGAAAACGAUAUACCAGCCAUCAACGAGUUAAUGGGCAAUUGGUUCAAUUCUCGUUGGCCAGAUCCAGCAGAAUGGGAGAGAACAUAAAUAUAGUUAAUUUCAUAUUUGCAUUUUCCAAUUUAAUUACAUAUUACUAGGUACUUUCACUAUAAAGAACACUCGAACGGACAGUAAUAUUUUGUUAGCAUUAGAUAUACAUUUAAUCAAUUAAGUUCAUACGGCGGUGACUUAACCUAUAAGAUACUAUAACAUACUCCAACCCAACUUGACAGCGAACCACGAUGUCAGCAAGAGUCCUGCAUUGGUUUAGAACUGAUUUGAGAUUACACGACGCGCCUGCCCUUGUAAAAGGUUUAGAACUCAAACCAGAGGCUUUCUUUCCUGUCUGGGCAUGGGACCCUUAUUUCAACUUUGAUUGCCCGGUUGGACCAAAUAGGUACAAAUUCCUUAUUGAAACAAUGAAUGAACUCGACGGAAAGCUAAACGAUAUGGGAAAUAAACUGCAUGUGUUUAGGGCUGACCCAGCUGAUUUAUUUCCUGCUCUUUUCAAACAGUGGAAUAUCACACACCUAGUUUAUGAGAAGGAUCCAGCGCCGUAUGCAGUCGAGCGGGAUGAGAAGAUAAAACAAAUAGCGACAGAUGCUAAAGUAGAAGUCUUAGAUAUUACAGGACAUACACUUUAUGAUAUAGAUGCUGUCAUCGAGAAGAACAAAGGCGAGCCAACAACAACUGCGCAAGGUUUCAAGAAUCUUGUCAAAGAUAUGGAGAUUCCUCGUCCAACGGAGGGUCCUACGAGUAUGCCCAAAGCCGACAAUCUCAAGCUUGAGGCUAUCAGGAAGGAGGUGAAACUUUUCAAACCUGGUCACGAUAUCAAUGCGGAGCACAGAAAAGGUAGAAUGACUGUAUAUGAUUCUGUUACAGGUGUGAAAGAUAUUCUAGCAUCACCAACACUCGAAGAAUUGGGCUACGAUGUUAAGGAAGCAACAACGCAGAUUCCAGGAGGCGAAGAUGAAGCUCUUCGCCGCCUUGAUAAGUGGAUACAGGAUGAGGAUGCCACGGCUACUUUUCGCAAACCACAAACAUCACCAGCAGAGUAUGACCCACCUGCAACAACACAAUUGUCGCCUUAUAUCAAGUUUGGCGCAUUGGGGGUCCGCGAAUUCUACUGGAAAGUUGUUGAUCUGAUGGACCAAUACGAUGGUGAGACCAGCUCUGAACCUGAGAAUCUCCCUGGUCAGCUCAUAUUUAGAGAGAUGUAUUUUGCAGCACAGCUCGCGAUUGGUAAGCCAUUCGGGCAGAUUAGGGGAAAUAAGAUAUGCAGACUAAUUGAUUGGAAGCUCUGCAAUGUGUACGAUGAAAAUGGUGAACAGAUAAUUCCACGUCCGAAAGGCCCAAAGGAAGACGAGGAAGCACUUCAGAAAUGGGCAGAUGGCUUCACAGGCUUUCCAUGGAUUGACGCGGCUAUGCGUCAACUUAAACAAGAAGGCUGGAUGCACCACCUUGCAAGACAUUCCGUUGCGUGUUUUUUGACGAGAGGACAGUUGUACAUUAGUUGGGAGAGGGGAGCUGAAGUUUUUGAUAGAUAUCUUGUUGAUAGAGACCCAGCGUCUAAUGCUGGUAACUGGAUGUGGCUCUCUUGCUCAUGUUUCUUCCAUCAAUAUUACAGAAACUAUGGUACAACGACUUUCCCAGCUAAAUAUGACAAAACAGGGAAGCUAGUCAGGAAGUAUGUCCCAGAACUGAAGGAUUACCCCGAUAAAUAUAUAUACAAACCAUGGGAAGCGCCGGAGGAUGUACAAAAGAAGGCAGGAUGCAUAAUCGGUAAGGAUUACCCAAAACCAAUGGUUGAUGAAAAACGUGCCAGCUCUGAAUGUAUGGCCAAAAUGAAGGAUCAAUACGCCAAGAAGCUCUACGGAGAUAGUGAAUUGAAACGCAAAGC